AUGGAGAAUCCCAAACAAGCAAGUUGGAUUAUGAGAAAAAUAUUUGAUGCCAGGAAGAUGCUGAUCACGGGACUUGAAGACUUAAACUCACCCGAGGUCCAGGAGAAAUUUAAAAUAAGCAAAGCUUACAGAGCCCUUCAGCCAACCUGGCCAAAGGUACAUUGGAAGAAAUUGGUACUGUUGAAGGGAUUGGUACCAAAACACCAAUUCAUUCUAUGGUUAGCCAUACAAAGAAAGCUGGCAACAGUCGAUCGACUUCAAAAAUGGGGCAUACAAGUGGAAAAGAACUGUGUUUUAUGUGAAACAGAUGUGGAAGAGAACUUGGACCAUUUAUUCUUCCAAUGCUCAUACUCUCAAUUCAUUUGGAAAACUCUUAUGACAUGGAUUGGGACCAGUAGGCAGAUUGGCACUUGGGAAUCAGAGAUUACUUGGCUAGCACAACGGACUACAGGUAGAAAUUCAACAUGCAUAGUCCUUGGAAUUGUAUUUGCAGCAGUAGUCUACCACAUCUGGCAGGAAAGAAACAACAGAAGAUUCCAACGACAACGAAAAGAGAAGACAGCAAGGGUUAGAGAAAUAGUAUUACUGCUACAUAUAAUUGGCCAAAACUGUAAAUGGAAAGGAGUCCUAGAUACUCUAAAUAGUUAUCCAUGCUAG